GAGAGGAGUAGAAAAACAAAAAAGAUUGUCGUUAAGAUAAUGUAUUAAAUGGAGGACAUUAAGAGUAGUUGACAGUGAAUUUGAUGUUUAUCUACCAUGAAGAGAGUCACACUGUUUGUCAACGGCACGUCCUCAAAUGGAAAGGUGGUGGCUGUGUACGGAUCCAUGGAGGAUUUACUGUCUGUGGCGAGUUCAAAGCUGAAGAUCAGAGCCUCUAGUGUUUAUAACGGGAACGGCGGCCUGAUAGACGACGUGACGCUCAUCAGAGAUGAUGAUGUGUUGUACAUAUCAGAAGGAGAUACAUUUGAAGACCCUCAGGACGACGACGAAGGUGCCGAACAGACUCACACUGAUUGGCUGACGCUCAACGUUGGCGGACGCUGCUUCACCACCACGAGGAGCACACUGGUCAGUAAAGAGCCUGAGAGCAUGCUGGCCCAUAUGUUCAGAGAGAAAGACGUCUGGGGGAACAAGCGUGACUCUCAGGGAGCGUACCUGAUUGAUCGCAGCCCGGACUACUUCGAACCGAUCCUGAACUACCUGAGACACGGACAGCUGAUCAUCAACGACGGGAUCAAUCCGCUCGGUGUGCUGGAGGAGGCUCGCUUCUUUGGCAUCGAACAGCUGGCCGAGCAGCUGGAGACUCUCAUAAAGGCCACUCAGCCUCCUGAAGAUCAUUCUCCUCUGACCCGGAAAGAGUUUAUUAGAUUCCUGUUGGCAACGACGACCAAAGCAGAGCUGCGAUGUCAGGGUCUGAACUUCAUGGGCGCCGAUCUGUCUCGUCUGGAUCUGCGUUACAUUAACUUUAAGAUGGCGAACCUGAGAGGAACCAACCUGACUCACGCCAACCUGAGCGGGGCCAACCUGGAGAGGGCCGACCUGUCCAUGGCUUCCCUGGAUGGAGCUAAUCUGCAGGGUGUGAAGAUGCUGUGCACCAACGCUGAAGGAGCCUCACUGAGAGGAUGUAACUUUGAGGAUCCAGCUGGAAUCAAAGCCAACCUGGAGGGAGCCAACCUGAAGGGUGUGGACAUGGAGGGGAGUCAGAUGACGGGAAUCAACCUGAGAGUCGCUACACUGAAAAACGCCAAACUGAAGAACUGUAAUCUGAGAGGAGCAACGCUGGCUGGGACGGACCUGGAGAACUGUGAUUUAUCAGGAUGUGACCUGCAGGAGGCGAAUCUGAGAGGCUCCAACGUGAAGGGAGCCAUCUUUGAAGAGAUGCUGACUCCUCUGCACAUGUCUCAGAGCGUCCGCUAAACAGCCGUCCACACACAGCUUUAAGAUCACGGCACAAACACUCUUCCUCCUCCUCUUCCUCUUC